UUCACCCCCGAACAUCCCCCAUCUAUUUCUUCGUCCUUUAUCUCAAGUCGGUGCCCAAAACUCAAACAACCAGAAAAAUUCAACAACUUUCCCACCAUUAUUUCCCCUUUCUUCAACCUACCGCGUCCCAAAGGUUCGAUUCUUUUUUGUUUACUUUUAACACCAUGGAUCUGGCCCCGGAAGAGCUACAGUUCUUUACCAUCCCUGACAUCUUGCGCGAGUCAGUCUCAAUCCCCCGGCGAGCCCCCAAAGCCUUCUAUCUCAUCACUCUCACGUUGAUUUUCCCUCUCUCGUUCGCCAUUUUAGCUCAUUCUUUGUUCACGCAUCCGAUUUUGAAUCAAAUCGAAGAUCACCCGUCUUACGACCCGGUCCAAACCCGCCACCAAUGGACCCGGCUCUUGGUCUUCCAAUUCUGUUACCUUAUUUUCCUCUUUGCCUUCUCGCUUCUCUCCACCGCCGCCGUUGUCUUCACCGUCGCGUCUCUUUACACUUCGAAGGCGGUGUCUUUUUCCAGCACAAUCUCGGCCAUACCCAAAGUUUUUAAGCGCUUGUUCAUCACUUUCUUGUGGGUAACUUUUCUGAUGAUUGCUUACAAUGCAGUGUUCGUUGGGUUCUUUGUAGUUUUUAUUAUUGCAAUUGACACCCAAAAUCCCUUCUUGGUGUUUAUCUCUAUAAUCGCGAUUUUUGUGUUGUUCUUGGGGGUUCAUGUUUAUAUAACCGCCUUGUGGCAUUUGGCGAGUGUGGUGUCGGUUCUAGAACCGGUUUAUGGAUUUGCAGCCAUGAAGAAGAGCUAUGAGUUGUUAAAGGGGAAGACUUGGAUGGCUGGGCUCCUUGUGUUUGGUUAUUUGACGAUUUGUUUUGCGAUUGCUAUUGUUUUUGGAGCUGUUGUGGUGCAUGGAGGAGAAAAACAUGGAGUUUUUGUGAGGAUUGUUGUGGGUGGGUUCUUGGUUGGGGUGUUGGUGAUUGUAAAUCUUGUGGGGCUGUUAGUGCAAAGUGUGUUUUAUUAUGUAUGCAAGAGUCAUCACCAUGAAGGGAUUGAUAAGAGCGCUUUACAUGACCAUCUUGGUGGGUAUCUUGGUGAGUAUGUGCCUCUCAAGAGCAGCAUUCAGAUGGAGAACUUGGAUAUUUGAAUUGGUUUGAAAUGGCAUUCAGAAUGAUUGGGAUCAUUUGUAAGUGUAGGUCAUUGUGUAUGUUAGUGUUUCAAAUUUGUUUUAUAUCAAAGGAUUUGUAGAUUUUUACUGCUGUAUUUGAUACUCUUGUUUUUGUUUCUUUCUGCAAUAAAAAUUUGUGGAAGUCCUUGUUUUUA